UAUUCUACAGAGGAGAGAAUAAAAUUAAGAUUAACGACAACGGCGAGGCUACACUGAUGGACCGGCACAAGAAGCGGAAGAGAACAGACAACGGCGGCGCUAACGGCGUCGAUCGGAGCAGGCAUGAGAGAGAAAGUUCUGUGAAGGAGAACACCGCAGUAUCGAAGCCGCCGCCGCCAUCGGAGGCGGAGGUUAACGAAUUCUUCGCGAUCUUACGGAGGAUGAACGUGGCAGUGAAAUAUCUUCAGAAAAAUGCCCAGAUCGAUGAAGUAGAAGGUAGCCAUAAGAGAGUUGAUUUGGAUCUGAAUACUCUGCCGGAAAGCGGAGAUUAACGCCGACGAAGCUCCUAAGUGACCGAAUUUUAGACGGUGACGGUCCGUCUUGUACUCUGUACAGGUUAAGUACUUGCUCUUUAUAACUGACAACGAAUUUGCAAUCGUUUUUUUGAAGAAUUAUAGCGGCUACAAUUUUGUUAGG